GGGCUGAGGCAGCGGCGGCGGCGGCAGCCGAAGACGGGUAGUAGUAUAGAGGCGGGGGGUUUGGCUUCCCGGGCCGGAGCCGGGCCAUGGGGAAAGAGCAGGAGCUGCUGGAGGCCGCCCGCACCGGGAACCUCCCCGCCGUGGAGAAGCUGCUUUCGGGCAAGCGCCUCAGCUCGGGCUUCGGCUCCGGCGGCGGCUCCGGGUCCUCGGGGGGCGGCGGCGGAGGUGGCAGCGGCAGCGGCGGGGGGCACCCGCUCUCCAGCCUCCUCAGCAUAUGGAGAGGACCAAAUGUGAACUGUGUUGACAAUACCGGAUAUACUCCAUUGCACCAUGCUGCUUUGAAUGGUCACAAGGAUGUUGUGGAAGUUCUUUUAAGGAAUGAUGCAUUAACCAACGUGGCCGACUGCAAAGGCUGUUAUCCUCUUCAUUUGGCAGCUUGGAAAGGAGAUGCUGAAAUAGUGAAACUACUAAUACACCAGGGGCCAUCUCACACUAAAGUGAAUGAGCAGAAUGCUCUUGAGAUCAAAGAACUCAAAAAGUACGGCCCCUUUGACCCCUAUAUCAAUGCCAAGAAUAACGACAAUGAGACGGCCCUGCACUGUGCAGCUCAGUAUGGCCAUACGGAAGUGGUGAAGGUUCUUCUGGAGGAGUUGACUGACCCUACUAUGCGCAAUAACAAGUUUGAGACUCCUCUUGACUUGGCUGCACUCUACGGGAGAUUAGAAGUUGUGAAAAUGUUGCUCAAUGCUCAUCCCAAUCUUUUAAGCUGCAAUACUAAGAAACACACACCUUUGCAUCUGGCUGCUAGGAAUGGCCAUAAAGCUGUAGUUCAUGUUCUCCUGGAUGCUGGCAUGGAUAACAACUACCAGACGGAAAAAGGCAGUGCUUUGCACGAAGCUGCUUUAUUUGGCAAAACAGAUGUAGUACAGAUACUGCUAGCUGCGGGCAUUGAUGUGAAUAUAAAAGAUAACAGAGGCCUGACUGCUUUGGAGAUUGUGAGGGAGCUUCCAUCUCAGAAAAGCCAACAAAUAGCAGCUCUCAUUGAAGAUUGCACAACAGGGAAGAAGAUUGCAAAAGCAGAAGACAAGACACCGCCAGCAUCUACUGAAACCUCAGUUCGUGUCCCCCAGGGCAAUGUGGAGAAAGCAGUGACAGAGCUGAUCAUAGAUUUUGAUGGAAAGCCAGAUGAGUGUCCAUAUGAAGCCUUGUACAAUGCAACAUCCUGCCAUUCUUUAGACAGCCUUGCCAGUGGAAGAUCUUCAGACAGAGAUUCAGUGAAUAGGGAAGCGGAGAUGACCAGUGUUAAAGUGACAGGAGUGAGGCCUAGAGAGCGUCCGCCGCCUCCUGCCAAGCCUCCCCCUGAUGAAGAGGAGGAACUUGUUGAGAAGCAAAGUUCAUCUUCUAAGGGUUUUGUCAGCAAGAGGAAGAGUAGGGGAAGCACAGCUGAUGAAGAAGAGGAGCAUCCUUAUGAGCUGCUGCUAACAGCAGAAACUAAGAAACACACUGCAACAGAUAAAAAAACAAAAGGUGAAUCAUCUUCAGGUCCUGCCAGCAGUGUCCAGCCACAGGCCUGGCCACGAAAAGGUCAGUCUUCCCAAGAUUGCCAGUGGCCACUGAAUUGCCAAGCUUCUUCUGACUUUUCUUCUAGUCAUUCUGAGCAAUAUCCAAGUCCCGAAUCAAAAGACCAAAGGAGGAGCAGCAACAGCCAAGCAGAUGCCCAAGAUGUCCAAGUGCUGGAUCAGUUCUCAGGUCUGCUGCAUGGUUCUUCUCCGGUGUGUGAAAUAAAUGAGGACCCUUUCAGACUUAUUUCUGCUGUGGGCAAAGGAAGUACCGAGGGGACUGCUAUGCAGCUUGAAGAUGUUGAGGAAUCCAUAUCGGUACAGACUAGCACUGCAGACCAAAAUAAAGUGGUCUAUUCAACUGUCCGCCAUACCAGUGACAACAAGUUGGACCCUGAAACUUUAGCACAUCCUCACUUGUCACAGCACCCUGGUGGUGCUGAGGAAGGAGACAAGAGCAGUGUUGUGGGCAGAAUUUACCCAGGAGGCAAGCCCAGAGCAGAACUCAAACUUAGCCGUAGCUUGUCAAAAUCGGACUCUGACCUCUUGACCACCUCCCCAACAGAGGACGAUACUAUGGGGAGCAGAAGUGAAUCACUUUCCAAUUGUAGUGCUGGAAAGAAAAGGCUGGAGAAAUCACCUUCAUUUGCUUCAGAGUGGGAUGAGCAGUUUCAGCAGCAGGUGCCUGAUGUCGUCGAAGUUCAAUCUUUCUCCAAUAUUGAAAAAAUAAUGAGCUCCAUUGGUGAAGGCAUUGACUUUUCUCAGGAACAGCAGAGGAUUUCAGGUUCACGGAUGCUGGAGCAGAGUGUUGGGGAGUGGCUGGAGUCCAUCGGCUUACAGCAGUAUGAGAGCAAACUGCUUCUCAAUGGCUUUGAUGAUGUUCGCUUCCUGGGCAGUAAUGUCAUGGAAGAUCAGGACCUUCGAGAGAUUGGUAUUAGUGACCCACAGCAUCGCAGAAAACUUCUUCAGGCAGCACGGUCUCUGCCAAAGGUGAAAUCUUUGGGCUGUGAUGGGACUCAGCCUUCUGUUCCUGUAUGGCUUGACUCCCUGGGGCUGCAGGAUUAUAUUCAAUCAUUUUUGUCGAGUGGCUAUAGCUCUAUAGACUCUGUGAAAAACCUCUGGGAACUAGAACUAGUAAAUGUACUUAAGGUAAAUCUUAUUGGCCACCGUAAGCGUAUAAUAGCCUCUCUGGCAGACAGACCAUAUGAGGAGCCCCCACAGAAACCACCACGGUUCUCUCAGCUAAGAUGCCAGGAUUUGAUAUCCCAGACGUCUUCACCCCUAAGCCAGAGUGACUCUUGUACAGGGAGGUCUGCAGAUCUUCUGCUGCCUUUGGGGGAUGCUGGAAAGAAGAGACAUGAGAGCAGCCAUGACAUUGCAUCAUACCCCAGAACGGAGAGACUCAAGGCACAGGAGGAACGCCGUGAAUCUAAACUUACACUCAGACCCCCUAGUCUGGCUGCUGCUUAUGCCCCUGUCCAACACUGGCAGCAUCAACCAGAGAAGCUUAUAUUUGAAUCCUGUGGGUAUGAAGCCAAUUAUCUAGGUUCCAUGUUAAUCAAAGAUCUUCGAGGGACAGAAUCUACACAGGAUGCCUGUGCAAAGAUGAGGAAAUCAACAGAGCAUAUGAAGAAGACCCCAACUAUAAUAUUAUCUAUCACUUACAAAGGAGUGAAAUUCAUUGAUGCAUCUAACAAGAAUGUUAUUGCUGAGCACGAAAUCCGGAACAUCUCUUGUGCUGCACAGGACCCGGAGGAUCUCUGUACAUUUGCCUACAUCACAAAGGACUUGCAAACUAGCCACCAUUACUGCCAUGUCUUCAGUACCAUUGAUGUAAAUCUAACAUAUGAAAUCAUUCUGACACUGGGACAAGCAUUUGAAGUAGCCUACCAGCUGGCCCUCCAAGCCCAAAAAUCAAAACCUCCAGGUGCUUUGACAGCUGAAAUGAUAGAAACAAAAUCUUCAAAACCGGUGCCUAAACCUCGAGCCAGCAUGAGGAAAUCAGCAGUGCCGCUCCCUCCCGAUAGUCGCUGUUGUUACUGUCACACCUGUACUACACACCGUCCCUCCUAUCUGCCGCUGCAAUCUGUUAGUCAAGGAGCUAAGCUCGAGCCAUCUGAAGUGGACCAAGACUCCCAGUCCCAUGCUAGUGUGUCCUGGGUUGUAGAGCCCAAGCAGGAUUCCAAGAGGACCCUCAGCACUAACUGAACAGCAGACAUCCACGUUCUUCCAUGGAAAUGUAGUAAAGGGGCAGAGCACUAAGAAGCAGAGAAACCGUGAUGUAUGAAGAUCAACACCCGGCUCUGGGAUAUGUCCUUGGCUGCUCAUUAAGGACUUCCAGAGUUGAGUGAAAAGAGAUUCCAGCUACAAGCUGACAAAAAGCAGUAUGUGUUUUUAGCAAGAGAAUGAAACAUCUGAGGUUAAGAGACUGAUGCUCUGAUUUAAAACAGUGGUGUACAUGCAGCAAUAUUGUGAAAUCCACAAUUUCAGCAUAACAUGUUGUGUUGAUGAAAGUGGAGAAUCUUAACUGUUAAAAGAAAAUGUGAAUGUGCCUGUCUUACAGCAUAGGCUGAGUGAAUGCUAGAAUAUUAAGCAUUAUACACUUGAGGUUGCUAAGUAGUAGACAAAGAUUCUGAAGUCACUGCAAUAUUAAACAUUGAAGGUACUGGCAACUGUGAAGGUACUGUACACCCUUCACAGCUGCAGUGAAACAGGUGGGAAACAGGGCGUUUUUAAUAAAAAUUAUAUUUAACCCUUCAUGACCAUUGCUGAACUGAUGCCUGGUACAAGUGUGCUUUUACUGCAAAGAACUCUUAUUAUUGCAGUAUUUAUUUUCUGGUUAAGUACAAUUUUGUCACACAUUUAUGUAUACAUUGAAUAACUGGACUGUAGCUCCAUGCAUCUCAUUCCUGUACCAUAUUUUUGAAAAUGUGGUUGUGCCCUGAUGGUUUGGGAUUUUUAAGUAGUUAAUUCACUGAUUAGCACUUUUUAUACUAGUUCAUAAUUUAAGUAUACUUAGUAUAUCAGUUUCACAAUAUGAAAAAGAUGUGGAGAGAUUUUGGGCAUUAUGCUGAAACAGUUGUUUCUUGUUCUACUCCACCCAAGAAUGACUGUAUACUUCACAUAGAGUAUCACAGUCUCGAACACUGGUUUUGGCUAUGGCUGUGACAUAUACAUCUUUCUAUAGCCUAUCUGAGGAAGUGCAAAUAAGUCUGUGUUAGCUUGUGGUACCCUAUUUUGUUAAUGGCUUGUUUCGACUUCUGUAUCUUUAAAAUGUAAUUUAGUCUUAUUCCAGAUGAAAAGGUAUCGAGAAAAAACCAAAUCAUCAUCCCAAAGGCCUGGCUUUGGAAAUAAUUGGUGGAUGAAUUUUGGAAAUAUUAACAUUCCUUUAUAUUCAUAUGUGAAUGGUAUGCUGGUGAUGGUUAUAAAUACUGAGGUACUUAUAACUGUUGUGAGAGAAUGCACACUGAACUGUUUUGCUAUAGAGAGGAUAGCCUUAGAAGAUGGUGACAAAAUGAGUGAAAGCUUCCAACUUGCUUCUUCCAGUGAUCAGGUGCUUCCUUUCUAAGAGUUUACAUGGACAUAGCAAUAUCUAUGACAGUAUCUCCUGCUUGGGCAUUCUUUAUAAGAAAGUAAUCAAAGCCAUUCUGGUCUGGACUUUUCCUAUGAAUUUUAGUUAUUCCUGGGCUCCGAGCAGUUUGAAUACUAGUACAAUAUUUGAGACUCUUGCCUCUCUGUGGGGUUUUGCAGCACACUGAGAAAAGUGCCCUAUAUUCCUGGCACUGAAUGCGUUUUGAGGUUUCAAUGAAAAUGCUGUUGCUGUUCUAGCACCAACCUAUGCUGAAGUGGCACCAGCAAUGCUCUUCCCCCCAGUGCUCCAAAUGUUUCCCUUUUCAAAAAGAUGUAUGUCUUCUGUAGACUUCUUUUUAUCUUUUGUGUCCAAAAGAAAACACUAUAAAUGUUAAGGUGGCUGAAGGAACUGCUCCUUAGCUCUUGAAUGGGAAAUCACGUUAUUAAAAUCAAACUCUUGCAAUCUUUUUAUUUUGUACAUGCCAUUGUUGGCUCAUAGGAUCUGGCCUUUUUGACUUUCUUAGCUUGAGAUGAAAGUUUUAUUUGAUUUCUGAGGUACAUAACAAUUCUGCCCCCCCCCCAUAAAAGAAAUUCUAGAGCAGUUUAAGAGUUGUGCUGUUCCUGCAGACCAGAUAUCUGAGGGUACCUCACUUUUUAAAAUAACUUCUACACUCGUGAAACUAAAAUGAGUUGGGUGAUACCUCACUCCUACAUUGUCUCCUUUUGCAUGAUCAGUAUGAAUGUCUAGCAGCAGGAAUUUCCGCUAUGCUUGCACCUGAAGAGGGCAGGUCGAUUCUUGGUAACAGGCAGUUUGGUUUACAAUGUAGACACUCCUUUGCUAAUUGUGAUGUAUGGCAGUGGGACUGAUUUGUAAUAAAAAUGUUAUUUAAUCUGUCUUUGUAUUUUGAUACUUGAACUAUUUCCUUUUUAUUUUCUGUAUAUAAAAAUUGUUAAAUCUGUCCAGUUUUUUGUGGUACCAAACAUAACCAAUCUGUGCAACAACAUAGACUGACCUCACUACAACAAGGCGAGACUGUAAAUAUUCCUGGGCUUCCAGCAGUCGUUUUGUUGUUUGUUUUUCAUAAUUGUAUGACUUAGAGCAGACUAAAUUAAUAAAAUUAGACACAACAU